GCUGUGUUCAACUCUUAUGUUCAUGUUGUAAGGCUCCAACAACCACAACUGAAGGGGUUACUUCGGCUGCAGUUUACUAGUUCAUUUCUGGCAGCAGUUUCCACAUCUUCCUGUAACAGACUGGAGCAACUUUUCUCAGACGAGUUUAUCAUUCGACAAAUAUAACUUCCUCAGAAUUUGAAGUUGAUUGGUAUCCCAGCAGUUCCUGUUCAACUUUGAAGCAGAGGACUAGCCUUGAGUAAUGGAAGCUGCCAGGAUGAUCUUCCUUUUCGUCCCGCUUUGUUUCCUGAAGGUGACAGACUCUACAACCAUAAAUCCCUGCUGUUAUUACCCAUGCCAGAAUAAAGGAAUAUGCAUUAAUGUCGGGAAGGACGGGUAUGAAUGUGAUUGCACCCGAACUGGUUACUAUGGUGUUAACUGUACUUUGCCUUAUUUUUGGUCGAGAAUUCAUAAACUUCUGAAGCCAAGCGCUAGUUUUAUGCAUCAUUUACUGACACAUUACGAAUGGUUUUGGAAUAUUCUAGAUGGCAUUUCAUUUAUCAGAGACUCACUAAUGCGAUAUGUUUUAACAGCACGUUCAAAUUUGAUCCCCAGCCCUCCAACCUACAACUCUGACUAUGAUUACCUUUCCUGGGAAGGUUAUGCGAAUGUAACAUACUUUACUCGUUUACUUCCACCUGUACCAAAGGACUGCCCAACCCCAACCGGAACUGAAGGUUACAAGGAAUUACCUGAUGUAAAACUCUUGGCCGAGGAGUUUCUGUUGAGGAGAAAGUUCAUUCCAGACCCUCGGGGCACAAACUUGAUGUUUGCUUUCUUUGCUCAGCACUUUACUCACCAGUUCCUUAGGACAGAUUUCAAUAAGGGUCCAGGGUUUACAAAAGCUCUCGGCCAUGGGGUGGAUUUGAGCCAUAUUUAUGGAGACACUCUGGAACGUCAACAUCAACUGAGGUUUUUCAAAGAUGGGAAACUCAAAUAUCAGGUAGUGAAUGGGGAGGUCUUACCUCCAUCCACAAAGGAUGUACCCAUCAGGAUGAAAUAUCCUCAUAAUUUAUCAGCGGAGAAAUGCUUUGCCAUUGGUAAUGAUUUAUUUGGCUUGGUACCUGGACUAAUGAUGUAUGCCACCAUCUGGCUUCGAGAACACAACCGAGUCUGUGAUAUCCUGAAAGAGGAGCAUCCAACUUGGAAUGAUGAGCAGCUUUUCCAAACAGCCAGACUCAUACUUACAGGGGAAACUAUUAAAAUAGUUAUUGAGGACUAUGUGCAACACCUGAGUGGUUAUUAUUUCAAGAUGACAUUCAACCCAGAACUUCUGUUCAGCGAGCAUUUUCAAUACAGAAACCGGAUUGCAGUUGAGUUCAACCAUCUCUACCACUGGCAUCCACUAAUGCCUGACAGCUUCAUUGUAAAAGGCCAAGAGUUUACCUAUGACAACUUUAUUUUCAAUACCGAUAUCCUGUUGAACUUUGGAGUGGAAGCUUUAGUAGAAUCAUUUGCAAAACAGAGAGCAGGACGGAUUGGUGGAGGGAAAAAUAUCAACAAAAAUAUCCUACAUGUGGCAAUUAGUGUCAUUGAACAUGGAAGACAGCUAAGACUUCAACCAUUUAAUCAGUAUCGGAAGUGGUUUGGUCUGACUCCCUAUAAAUCUUUUGAGGAGCUAACCGGUGAAACAGAAGUAGCAGCUAAACUGGAGAAACUGUAUGGGCACAUUGAUGCAAUGGAAUUUUUUCCUGCACUACUGCUAGAAGAACCCUAUGAAAAUGCCAUUUUUGGGCAAAGUAUGGUGGAAAUGGGUGCUCCCUUUUCACUCAAAGGACUAAUGGGAAACCCAAUCUGCUCUCCAGAUUAUUGGAAACCAAGUACAUUUGGAGGGAAAGUAGGCUUUAAUAUAGUCAACACAGCAACGCUCGAAAAACUGGUUUGCCUCAAUACGAAAAAGUGUCCUUAUGUGGCUUUCCAUGUCCCACACAACAUAGAUAAUGAAAGUGGGAGGGGAAAGAAAGAACCCUCUACUGAGCUGUAAUCUGCUACGAAGAAAAUUUGGACAGGACAAUAGAGGUAUUUGGGACAUAAGAAAGGGCUGUAUGAAAUUAUGAUCUGAAUAAUUUUAAACCACUUCAGCUAGCUUUAAGGGGCAUAUUGAUCAUGUGACAAUAGUGUAGUAAGUAACCAUUUUGUAUUGGAUUCGGCAAUAGGUGUUAAGACGAUGACAACCUUCAGCAGUAGAAAGCAUAACAUGAGAGCUUGAUACAAACAACAUCUAACAUUUCACCCAAAAUCAGAACACUUUUUUUUAUUUUCCAGAUAGCUUGUUUGAUGUACAAUCGUUUUUAAUUUUGUGAUGUUUUAAUGAGAGUAGAAAUUAGUUAUAUGUCACUGUGAGCUGAUCUGUGUUAAUUCUGCACUAGAAUUUUCACACUGCUAAACAUGAGAGCGCAAAUGUUUUAGGCGUGCUGGCAUAACCUAAAACAGACAUUAGGUCCCUUAAAUAUGUGAAUGAGGGACAUAGUGGCUGUUAAGGAACCCACUGAGAAAAUCAUGCCCAAUGAGUAGGUUAAGCAUUAGGCCUAUCCUCCCUCAAAGUUCUUCAAAGGACCCUGCCAUGGCCAUUCAAUGAUUUUUUAAUUUUGUUCUUUAAGGAAAACAGACGCUGUCCUGUGGAGCUGGGAAGCAGCAUUGGUGCAGUCCUAAUUCUGCAGGAAUCACAUUCCAUCCUUCCCUUAUACAGACCCUUAUUUUGAAAUCAAACUGCUAUUGUUGGUGUGCCUACCAAUGUUUUGAUGUCUGAUGAUGUUUUAAAGGUUAGGAGAUGUUGUUGACAAGAAAAUGCAAAAAUAUAUUAUCCAAUUGUUUCUAUACUGAGAAUAAAAGCCAGGGGCCAUAAGCAUUAUUUCUUCAAUAAAUUAGGUGUUCAGGUAAUGCCAUUCUUGACCAAAUUUAGAUCGGAGAGGUGUUAAAUCCAGUGAGCUAGUGAAACUAUGUUUAUGGGGGUUUAGUUGUGUUUUAAAUGUUAAAAGAAAGGUGUUAUUUUUAAUCUAAACUCAGACCUCACCCAGUUUUACUCAUAACUGAGAGCAAUGGGUGCUAAAAUUAGGCAAAAUAUGAAUUGGGACAGUUAGAUUUAACUCAUGACCAAUUCUGCUUCUUUUAGUUAAUUGCUGUUAAGUAAAAAGUGUAGUGCUUAUAAUGAAGUUAGCCAGGUGGACCUCAUAGAAUAUGAGUUCCCUCGUUGGGGUUGUUAAUCUGGUCCAAUCAGGGAGCCCUGGCUGACAAGAUAAGAUCGGCAGUAUCAGAAAUCCUGUUCACUCUGACAGCUGGCUCUGAGGGAGCUGGAUCAAUGUAGAGGACUCUCUACGUGUAAAUAAAGGGUAACUUGUUGACAGGAUACUGGCCUCUGUAGAGUUAUUUUUUAAAAAUGGAGAAGUUUGCAAUCCUCUUGUUUCUAUGUUUGAUGAAGCUAAAGGAUUUAGAAUUGAAAAGGUCUUGUUUCUGUCUGCUGUCUUUUUCUCUCUCAAUUUUUGAGAGCCUUUCCUUUCAUUGGGAAAGCUGGUUUUAAAUGUAGUUUCUUGCAGAGAAUGUAUACCAGUUGUUCAACUUCUACCGUGACAGACAUGGACACCAUAGAAACAAAAGAUGCUGAGAGCGUGCAGAAAGUCAGACAGCAUAGAACUAUACAGCACUGGAAUGUUCCAUUUGGCCCGGAAUAUUGUGCCAAACCUGACACCAAGUUAAACUAAUCCCUACUGCCUGCCUUUGGUCCAUAUCCCUCCAUUCCUUGCAUAUUCAUGUGUUUAACUAAAAUUCCCUAUACACCCCUUUCAUUGCAUUAACUGUUGCACUUCAGUGUAAUUCACUGUAUGUGAAACACCUUUGUAUAGUAAUGGGCCAAUAUAUCAAUGCAAAUUGAUCUUCCUUCUCACCUGAUCUCAGCAGCGGCAACAUUGAGUUGUAGCUGGAUGUGGAACAAACCCCCUCCACUGCUCCCAAUUUCAGGCAAGCACUCUUGAUCCUACUGUUGAGCCCUUAAUUGUGUAAUGCUGCCAAUUUGCAAGCCACUUCAUAGUGUGGUUUAAGGUCCACUUACAAUUGCUCUAACAGAAGCUGAAAGAAUAGCCCUAGAGCACAGAGGCCUACAGCACAGAAAAAGGCUGUUUGGCCCAACUAGCCUGUGUUGGCCAUAAACAACCACCUAACUAGUCUAAGGGAUAGUAGGAACUGCAGGUGCUGGAGAAUCUGAGAUAACAA